UUAUCAUUAGGUAAACAUCAAAGGGGAAGAAAGAGCACAGAAUUUUCCAAAUUCAAAAUCUGGUGUUUCUUCUUCUCUUGAAAAAAAAUUCUAAAACAUCGAUGGCUAUGGCUAUGGCUAUGGAGGGUGGGGUUUCCAUUUUGCCAUGGAUUGUUGUUGUGAGCGUGUCGACGUUGUGGUUAGUGGUAAAUGGUUCAAAUUCAACUACGAUAUACGAAGAGCUUCGUGCACAAGGGUUACCCGUAGGGCUUCUUCCUAAAGGGAUCACAAGGUAUUCGAUUAAUGGUAGCAGUGGCGAAUUCGAGGUGUGGAUGGAACAACCUUGCAACGCCAAAUUCGAAAACGAAGUUCACUAUGAUUCCAACAUCAAGGGUACCCUAGGUUAUGGUCGGAUCGGGGAAUUAUCCGGUGUGACUGCUCAGGAGCUUUUUCUAUGGUUCCCCGUUAAGGGUAUACGCGUUGAUCUCCCCAGCUCUGGUCUCAUCCACUUCGAUGUCGGCGUCGCUGAUAAACAAUUCUCUUUGUCCCUCUUUGAGGACCCUCCUGAUUGCAACCCCCAGGAUAAUGCUGAUGGUGGUGGUGAUGUGCUGAGGGCAGUUUGGUAGAGAAAGAUAAGAAUGUUGCUGCAUUUCAAAUUAUAGCUCAAGUGGCCUGUCUGUGCAUGUGGUUGGUCUUGUUAAAAUUGUGACAGUCUUUUUCUUUUCUGCUUGGAUUGUAUCAAUCCCUUGUCUCAAGGGACAAAGGAUGACAAUUUUGGUUGUUAACGACAUUGGCCUUGCUGCUGCUUUGCCUAUGUACAAAAUCUGUGACAGACUGGGAUGUCGGGUCAAGUUGCUUUUGCUAAGAAUUAUCUGUAUAAUUCCAAAGUUUUAUUAUCUGUAUUUUGGGCUUGUUUUUUUCUUUUCUUUUUCUCUCUUCCAUACGAGUGUUUCAGCCAUGUGUUGUGUUAGACUCAACUAUUUUUAAUAAAAUACAACAUAACAUGUUGGUUGUUCUUGUA